AUGUCAAGUCAAUCACCCUCCACUUACGGCAGGGUACCAACCACCUCCUCCACCACCACCACCACCAAACAACAGCCACUGUCAACAUUCAUCACGCCCGCCAAAUCCCAUACCCAAACCCUAAUCGCCACCCGCCGCCCAUGGCGGGAACUCUUCGAUCUCCACUCCUUCUCUCGACCCCAUACCUACGCGGAGGCCAUGUCCCGCAUCAGGCGAAGCCUCAACUACUUCCGAGUCAACUACGCCAUGGCCAUUUUGCUCAUUCUCUUCCUCAGCCUCGUCUACCACCCAUUUUCGAUAAUCUUCUUCUUGAUCGUGUUCUUCGCCUGGUUCUUCCUCUACUUCUUCCGCAACGACCCGAUUGUGCUGUUCAACAAGAGGUUUGAUGAUCGGGUGGUUUUGGCGGGUCUGAGUUUGAUUACUGUCAUUGCCUUGGUGGUUACUCAUGUGGGUUUGAAUGUGUUGGUGUCGUUGGUGAUUGGGGUUGUGGUUGUUGGGUUACACGCGGCGUUUAGGGUUACAGAGGACCAGUUCUUGGAUUGCCUUUUGUCUGAGACGUCGGAAAAUGAGGAGCUGCGGUGUCUUGAGCAAGCGCCGCCAUUCUGGAAGAACCGCAAGAAGUUGUCCAAGCAAAUGUCAAUGUGUGAGAUGCCUCGUGAAAUUGCAUGGGAGAGACGGCAGCGCCGCCAGAUUGUCCGUCAGGUGCAGAGGAGGAACUCGAUUCACGACACCGGGGGCCUGACCGAUGAGGAUCUCAAUGAGCUGAAAGGAAGUAUAGAGCUAGGGUUCGGGUUCAACGAAGAGGAUGGACAAGAACUAUGCAACACCUUGCCUGCUCUUGACCUUUAUUUUGCGGUGAAUCGGCAAUACUCAACCAGCCCGGUCUCGUCGCCGGGCAGUAGAGGCUCGUUGACAUCUCUUGGCGGCUCCUCCAUGUCUCUCGAAAGACAAUCAUCGGCUGUUGGAAGUCCAGGGAGUGAGUCUGAUCCAUGGAAGAUAUGUAGUCCAGGUGAUAAUCCUCAACAGGUGAAGACAAAGUUGAGGCAUUGGGCUCAAGCAGUUGCAUGUUCUGUGAUGCAGUCAUCUAAUUGA